CGAUGGGGCGGGCGUGCCGGCGGCUGCCCACCGCGGCGGCGCUCUGCUACGGGGCGCUGGCAGCGCUGGUGCUGUUAGGGGUGCGCGACGUGCUGCUCGUCUACGAGGAGAACCGCUGCAGCAUGACCUACAUGUACGAGUACCCCGAGUACCUGAAAAUAAAAUUACCGAAGAAAACAGCCAGACGUUACCCAGCAUAUGAACUCUAUCUCUAUGGAGAAGGAAAUUACGCUGAAGCAAACAAAAAUCUGAUUUUGAAAGGAAUUCCAGUUCUCUUUCUUCCUGGAAAUGCUGGAAGUUACAAGCAAGUACGUUCUCUUGGCUCUAUUGCACUUAGAAAAGCAGAAGAUGUUGACUUCAAGUACCAUUUUAAUUUCUUCAGUGUCAACUUUAAUGAAGAAUUAGUUGCGUUGUAUGGUGGUAGUCUGCAAAGACAGACAAAAUUUGUGCAUGAGUGCAUAAAAGUAAUUCUUAAAUUGUACAGGGAUCAAGAAUUUGCACCAACCAGUGUUACAAUAGUAGGUCAUUCCAUGGGCGGUCUUGUUGCAAGAGCACUGCUUACUCUGAAGAAUUUUAGGCCUGAACUUAUAAACCUCCUUGUUACACAAGCCACACCUCAUGUUGCACCUGUAAUGCCAUUAGACAAAUACCUUACUGAUUUUUAUACAGCUGUAAACAAUCAUUGGAUUCUAAAGGCCCAAGAUUUAAGAAAUUUAACUACCCUUUCUGUGGCGGGAGGAUUCAGAGAUUACCAAGUUCGUUCAGGACUGACUUUUCUACCAAGAUUGAGCCAACAUGACAGUGCCUUAUCAGUUGUGAGCUCAGCAGUGCCUAGAGCUUGGGCCUCAACAGAUCACCUCUCCAUAGUGUGGUGCAAAGAAUUGAUCCUGGCUAUGAUUAGAGCUUUUUUUGAUCUCAUAGAUGAAAACACAAGGCAGAUAACUGAGGAUCCAAAGAAGAGAAUGUCAGUAUUGAAUCACCACUUUGUGAGACAUCCAGCAAAAAUAUUUGAGGAAAAUCCUGAAGCUUUUACAGAACUCACAGGAGCUUUCAUGUGGAUUACAGUCAAAACCUCAAAAUGGACCUACUCAGUUUACAAUGAUUCUGAUGGAAAAUAUUUCACAUUUCCUCUUGCAAGCCACAGGAAAUCCUACACUCACAUUUACUGUCAAAACAGUAUGUUGGACAUGAAUAGCUGGAUUUAUGGCUGUAUAAUCAGUAAUUCAUCUAUGUGCCUAGAAGCCACUGAUUUAUCCUGGAGAGCUGAGCUACUUCCAACUGUCAAGGUUGUAAUACUGAAACUUCAGGAUUAUCCUUCUUUGUCCCACAUUGUCAUUUAUGUACAACCUACAGUUGGCAAUAAGUUUACUUUGGAUUGUGAAUUCUUCAGAGAGGAUUCCAGAAUAGUACAGCUUCCUGUAACACAUCUUUUUUCUUUUGGGCUUUCUUCAAGGAAAAUUCUAUUAAAUGCAACAGGCUUACUUUACAAUGUACAGCUCCAGCACUUUGACCAAAUAUAUCAAGCUUUCAAAAUCUAUAUAGAGAGCCAUUGCCAAUUACUCAAAGAAAGAAAACCUAGUGUUUACAGACUUCAUAUACCCUGGUCACUUGAAGACUCAAUAAUUGUAGCUAAAGUUCCAUCUUUUACUGAAAUUUCUGCAAAACUGCAUAUUGCACAGCCUGAAAAUGACAGCAGUGUUCCAGUGUUAAAUAUUUACUCUUCCUCAGACUGUCAGUACGAAGUAGUUCUGAAGACAUCACUUUUACAGAUUCUUGGGCAAAUAAUAAGGUUCCAUGGCUGUUCUCUUCCUGUCUAUGUUGUUUCUAAUAUUCUUCUUACCUAUGGAGGCCAGUUAAGCGCACUGAUAUCAACAGGCCAAUGUUCAGAAUUUUCCCUUGAACUAGUUAGAACAGCUAAACCCUACAAAGUAGACCCUGUUAUAAGCAUUGUUGUGUUUCUGCUGCGGUUUAACUGGUUUAGAGAGAUAUGGGAUUCACUGUCACUACCAGAGGUGGAUGCUGCAGUGCUGAGUAGUCAGGAUGCAUGGUUCCCCCUUGUGUCCCUGAUUCUAUUUCUUUUUGGGGCAGGCAUUGCAUACUGGAGUGGUAUAUUUUUCUCUUCAUCUCUGAGAAUCUUCUCUUCAUUAUGGUUAGCUCUAAUAAGACCUUCUGUACUUCAAAAAGAUAACAAGCUGAUUACACCCAGAAGAGUAUGUGUGGUGGUGUCUCUUGCUUUGGUUAGCUGGACCACUUGUGGUGCAUUUGCUAUAUUCAUAAUUUAUCUUCGAUAUGUGUUUAAGGUUAUUAAACUACAUGUAAGCGUAAGAGCAGAACAAAAUGUGCUUAAUGGGGAUUCAGAGCACUCAAAGGAAACUUCACAGAAUGCCAUUAAACACACGGUCAAAAAACAAAAUUCAGUAGAUGGUGCAUCAGAAGCAAUACGAUCUCUCUGCAACAAUAGAACAAUUGCUGAAGAUGUCAACAGUCUUAGGAUGCAUGUUGCAAUCCUCAAUUUGUUCACAUGGAUUGUGCUGCUCAACCUGCCGUCUUUAAUUUAUUGGUUAAAAAAUCUCAGGCACAAUGUUAGACUUGAUCCUGACCCAUGUAGCUCUACAGCUAUUAUCCUUGUACCAAUUUUAGAAAUUCUCAUGAAUUCAAGUACUUCUGAAGUGAAAUCAAGUAAACUCUUGAAGAUUGCAGCCAAAGUUCCACUCCCUUUGUCUGUUGCAAUGUUGGCCUUUGGGCGAAUGCAUUUAUACAAAUGCCUCAGUUCUAGCUUGUUUUUAGGGUUGAUUUAUUUGAGCCAGUUGGGAAGACUUACCAGUUUAUGCAGUGACUUUCCAAAAUGAAGCACAAAUGUUGAAGUAAGCACUUGUUUCGUCACCUCAAAGCAACCCAACAGUUCAAGUUAUCAGUAAGUCAUUAAAACUGCUCUAAUUCAGUAAGAUUGUUACUUAAACCAGUGUCAUUGUUACUAGUAAUCUGUGUGCUGGUCUUCUAGUCUUAAAAUUUUAUACAAAAGACUAGAUUGUGCAUAGUGUUUGUAAUCAGAAAAGCUGUCUGAAUAGAUUGUAUGCUGAUACCUUCUUUCUAACUAAAUGUAUGCUACAAUAUGUGUGCAUGGGAUAACAUAUAUGUGUGUAUAUAUUUGUAGCUAGAAUCAAGCAGUCCAUUUAACCUGAAGAUUACUAUUCAACUGUGGAAGAAUAGAGUAGAUUUUCUACUAUGAAAUGGCUGUUGGUGAAGGAUCAUGGCAAAACUGCACUGCAGCCAUGGCAAAAGGCCUUCUGUGAAAUAUGCAGGAUCUAGUUUCUGUAGAAAGUCAUUUCCUUGGUCUUUAUGGGUCGUUUUUGCUUGCUACUAUAUUUUUCUUCUACUUUUGGUUUCCCAUCUUAAUUAGCUCUUCAUUCUAUGCACAAGCCUGUUUGUCUUAGUGAUUUUAUUGGAGCUACAGACAGAAUAAAGUAAUAGAAUAAGAAGAGUUAACAGUCCCAGUGUAUGGUAACUCUGAUAGCUUUGAUAAAGACUUCCAAAAUUUUCCCCAGUGUAAAAUAUACUAAACUGUAGCAGCAUAGAAGAACACCAAAUUUUUCAUCUAUCAGUAUUUUUCUAAAGCUAGGAAUUGUGUUGAUACUUGUUAGCAUUCUUCUUUGAUACAUAGGUUACAGAAUUUUGUGUAGCAAUUACUGUGUGACUUUCAAAUCUGAGAUAGGAAUAGAACACGCAUUUUCAGAAAGAUACAAUCCUGAUUCCAAAAUCCCAAAUGCCAGACAUUAUCACAUCUCCCUUGAUGCUCCUUUCUUCCAGAGGUUAUUUACCUUCACUGGGGGGAAGUCUUAUUACUAGUUUCAAUUUUGUGUGCUUUCUGUGUUGUUUGCUGGAUGAAAAUCUUGUUUUUGGAGAUGUACAUCUGGAUUUUGCAGACAGUGAUUGUGGACUGUCUAACUUCAGCUGCUUGAGAGCUAGGCAUCUACUCCCAAUUAGACCCCUGUAUAAUCAUUGCAGGAGGGGGACGAAGGGAAGAGUGCAAAUCCAGAGAACAAUUUAUCCCAUCCUAAGAGAGGAUGAAUGAUACUACUUACCAUUCUGAAAAAGACAGGGAUUUAUAAAUGUCUAAAAUUGUUUUUUCAGGUAAAUACAAUGAUUGUUUAUUUUUCUUCUUUCUAGAGAAGGAGUUCCUGUUCUGCAAAUUUCUAGUUCUGCCACUGUUCUCUAUUAAAAUCUCAGCAGAAAUGUAGGUUAAUCCUCUAGAAGAGCUUUAAAUUGACUAUGCGAUGAAGUUUAAACAUUAAUCAGAUACCCUUUAUUAUGAGUAGAGUACGUUUAUAAAACAUUUUUGGCAAUUGAAAUGUCUCUUAAUACCUUUAAAUUCAAUUCCUAGUUUACUCUUCUAAUAUAGGCUAUCUAAAUUAUCUGGGAGAAGAGGAGCAAGAUGGAAAUUAACUUGUGAUGGAUUAGAGGAACUCUGCUCUGUAAAGGAAGAUUACUCUUAACAUGUAUUCCCCAGUUCCAGUGUUCUCUCCUUUUUCAAAAGUUGAGGUAUUAGCUUUGCAAAACUGCUGCUCUUCAUCUAUGUGGAUGUUCACCACGUUUAGAUGGAGAUUAUGCUGUGAAAAUGAAUGUUUUUUGGCUUGUACUUGUGAAUACAUUCAAUAUAAGAAUCAUUUGUACGGCUCUUUUCUACUGUUUUGUAAGCUUUCAGAAAGAGAAUAAAAAGCAGGACAAGAACAUAGAGUACCAAAUAUUAUUGAUUUUAAGUACAGCAUAUAUGUACAGCAACAUCAAUAUUGUUUUAGUGGUAUUUACUGAGAGGUCUCUAUAGUUCGAAUUGCUCUUGAUGUCUGUAAUUUUUUUCCAGUUGAUGUGAUUAACCAUGCAAGUUUUUCCCUAUGGUUUUAUCACUCUGCAAUAAUAGUAGACUCAUUAUGAACCAAUAAUUAUACAUGUAGCUAUGUUUGAUAAAGAAAAAAGUAUUUCCUCUUAGUUGAAUGUACCAAAUGUACCUUGAAACUAAAUGAAUAUUGUCCAAUGGGGUAUUUUCAGUUCUGAUUUAAAAGUGGAUUUCAGUAUGUCAUGUGUCAGCAUCAUCUUAAAAGGGGAUUUCCCCCCCCCCCAAAAAUGCAGUAACAGAAUUUUCAGUUACUAUUAUUUUUAGUAUAUAGAGUUCUGCUCUGAAUUUUGAGUGAACUGGUACAUGUAGCAAUUCAUUCUGAAAUACUCAUUUGAAAGUUAAAAGAAAACAAAAGAAAACUGAAAAGAGUAACUGCAGGACAUAGCAGAAGAAAUGGAGACUUUCUGUAUGUGUCUGAAACAAACAAAUUUUAAGUGAAGUUCUCAUCUAUAAACUAAUUUGGUUAUCUUUAAAAUCAAUGUUUAGAAAAAAAGUGUAUUCAUGCUUUAUUUUUGAAAAAAAAAGAAAAGUAUUUUUGUUUAAGUUGAUACUUAGUUUUCCAGUAACAAGUUUAUAAACUCGUCACUUGGCCUUUUUCUGAAAUCUGAUACACCUGAGUUCUGACAGGAAAGAAUAAAGUUAAUUAUGUGCUUGUGAACAAAUGUAAACAUUUCAGAAAAGUUUGAUCAGUUUUAGUUCAGUACAAUGAUGAGAGAGUUGAGAUAGAUUUUUGUAUUAUUUAUAAUGAAAAAAGAGCAUCCGUUUUAUAGACCUUCAGUACUCUGAUUUACUGAAAAUAUUUUGUGGGGAGAAGAUUAGUGUCUGUAUGAUAAUUGUGCUGCUGUUUUAAGUCACUAAGCUACUAGAAAAUUGUUAGGUAUGAAACAGUGUAAAUUCUUAAUGUUUUUUUUUUUUUACGUUUCAUAGUGAAUGUUGGGCAUUUAUUUUUCAUGUUUGACUCUUUACCUUGUGGAAAAUAAUUGAGUAGCUUUUUAUAAACAGCACUGUACUAUAAAUGGUUUUAAAACUGUCAUCACGGUUGCAUUAGAGCGAGAUAUGUUUCUGUCACCAAAGCUAUAUGCUACCCUUCUAUAUCUCUGGAUAUGUGUGCCAAUGAAUGACAAUUAAUGAACAGAUUCAUUUUUAUGUUAAAUAGUUUUUCUACUUUUUUAGAGUUAGAACUUUAAGCUAGUAUUUGUAAUAAAAUAUUUAAAGCCUCUAAAAGUUUGUUCGAAAACUUUUUACAAAUGUAAUAUUUUUGACACAUUUUUGUUUAUGGAAGAAUGUAAUCAAAGCUUUUAAUCAGCUUAUUUAUCUUAAAGCUUAAAUUAAAUAAAAUGUAU